AUGGAUCUCGCCCUGUACAAAGAAUUUCGCGAGGAAUGCGACGCAGCAUACCCAGAGACUGUUGAACUUGACUGUGACCCCCCCAGGCGUCGUCCCCGCGGGCUAGCCAUCUACCCACCCCACUAUGGCGCCGGGUUCUUUAUCUCUGGAGAAUGCCUGGCACACGUCUUCGAAAUCCCGCCUCCCAACCUUCAGGGUUAUGUUAAUUAUUGGGCCCCGAAAGACAAAAAGGGCGUGUUUUUCUCGAUGAUUGAAGUGACGUAUUACGACUUCCUCGUCUGCUUUGCUCAUACCGUCGACGACAAGCGCGACAUGGACGAGUGGCAUAACAAGAGGGACGAGUGGUUUGAUACCUUUUGCACAGUACUCAAGUUGAACGAGACGGCGAGAAGGAUCUGUAAGGAGAACUACAAGUGGUAUCGGUUGAUUGACUUGGACAAGGAAAGCAGACUGCCGCCCAAUGUUUCCUUACAGUCUGAGACUGCGAAAUCUUGA